UGUCUCAUCAGUGGCAUGUGGCUGAUAUCCAGAAGAUACCCAGUUCCUGCAGUCCCCAGGGGUACAGUGUAUGGCAUGAGCCCGCCUGGCUUAGAGACCCAUCAGUCCAGAUGCUACUCUUCUGGAGGAAGAAAGGGUUUUAUAUCAGGGUUUGUGGAGAACAUCAAACAGGAAUUAGCAAAAAACAAGGAGAUGAAAGAAAGUAUUAAGAAAUUCCGAGAUGAAGCUAAAAAGCUGGAAGAAUCUGAUGCUCUUCGAGAAGCAAGGAGGAAAUAUAAAACCAUUGAAUCUGAAACAGUGAAGACCUCAGAAGUGAUCAAAAAGAAACUUGAAGAAAUAACUGGGACAGUGAAAGAGAGUUUGGAUGAAGUCAGUAAGACUGAUAUUGGCCGGAAGAUAAAGGAAGGUGUGGAAGAAGCAGCAAAAACAGCAAAGCAGUCUGCAGAGUCAGUGACAAAAGGAGGGGAGAAACUGGGCAGGACAGCAGCCUUCAAAGCUAUUUCUCAGGGAGUAGAAACAGUUAAGAAGGAAAUAGAUGAAAGUGUUUUAGGACAGACUGGUCCUUACAAACGUCCAGAGCGCCUACGGAAAAGAACAGAGUUCUCGGGAGAGAGUAUUAAAGAGGAGCGAAUAUUUGAGGCUAAUGAGGAGGCCAUGGGCGUGGUGCUGCACAAAGACUCCAAAUGGUACCAGCAGUGGAAAGAUUUCAAGGACAACAACGUGGUUUUCAAUAGGUUCUUUGAGAUGAAGAUGAAGUAUGAUGAGAGUGAUAACGCAUUCAUUCGAGCUUCCAGAGCUGUCACAGACAAAGUCACGGACUUAAUAGGUGGAUUGUUCUCGAAGACAGAAAUGUCUGAGGUUUUGACAGAGAUACUGAAAGUGGAUCCAUCCUUUGACAAAGACCGGUUCUUAAAGCAGUGCGAGUUUGAUAUAAUCCCCAAUGUCCUGGAGUCUAUGAUGUCUGGAGAGCUUGAUAUCCUCAAAGAUUGGUGCUAUGAAGCGACUUACAGUCAGCUUGCUCAUCCCAUCCAGCAAGCCAAAGCCAUGGGGCUCCAGUUCCACUCCAGGAUUCUGGACAUUGACAACAUUGAUCUGGCCAUGGGGAAGAUGAUGGAGCAGGGACCAGUUUUAAUUAUCACUUUCCAGGCUCAGGUCGUGCUGGUAAUUAAGAACCAGAAAGGAGAAGUGGUGGAAGGUGACCCGGACAAGGUGCUGCGGAUGCUGUACGUGUGGGCACUCUGCAGAGACCAGGACGAGCUCAACCCCUACGCUGCGUGGAGGCUACUGGACAUAUCCUCAUCGAGUACUGAGCAGGUUCUCUGA